UCUUUCUGUCUGCCAGUCCUUUAAUCCCUGCUCUUGUUGGUCCAUGGUACAUGUGUAGGAGGUGGACCUUCGCAGUUUGCGACAACAAGAGUUGGACUUUCGUUCUUCAUCCCGAGUACAUCUUCUCAUCCUCCUUCUCUCUCUACUAUUCAGAAACCCUAGCUGGGUCAAAUGGGCUCUGAGGGAUCUAGUGUUGUCGUUCCUAGGAAUUUCAGAUUACUGGAAGAACUUGAGAGAGGUGAAAAAGGAAUUGGGGAUGGAACUGUCAGCUAUGGAAUGGAUGAUGCUGAUGAUAUAUUCAUGCAGUCGUGGACAGGGACUGUCAUUGGUCCCUCCAAUACUGUUCAUGAAGGGAGAAUCUACCAGUUGAAGCUGUUCUGCGGGAAGGAUUAUCCAGAUAACCCACCAACUGUUAGGUUCCAGACCCGGAUAAACAUGACUUGUGUCAAUCAAGAAACUGGAGUGGUUGAACCUAGUUUGUUUCCCAUGCUUGCUAAUUGGCAAAGGGAGUAUACAAUGGAGGACAUAUUGACUCAACUGAAGAAAGAUAUGAUGUCUCCCCAAAACCGGAAGCUAACUCAGCCUCCUGAAGGCAAUGAAGAGGGGAGGAUCGAUCAAAAGGGGCUAGUUCUGAAAUGUUGUAUUCUUUAAGCCAGGCAAUGAAGAGGAAAGGAUGGAUCAAAAGGGGCUAGUUCUGAGAUGUUGUUUUCUGUAAGUCAGGUGAGAGAAGAAUGUAUUCUGUAUGUCGGGUGAGAGAUGAAUGAAUAUGAUAGUGUAAAUAAUUAUAUAAAUCGGAUCAUACACCUAUUCAUGGCCAACGCAUUUGAAAAUGUAAUUAAGGACCAAUCUGAUAUGGAACCUUGAGCAGUUUGACACAUUGUCUCGAGUUUACCUUUUUCUCUGAUAUUGUGUUUUUAUAAUGUAAGCCCACCUUGAAUUGUCA